AUGAAGGGCUCAAACGAAGAAGAAAUCCACAAGGACAGAGCUGAAAUGGCUCAGUCCCAGUUCAAACUGAGUGAUCGCCACCUCACUUUCGGACUCCAUGAUGAGAUCCAGGACAUGUCUUCAACCCCGUCUUAUCCUCCAGCACAGAGCUCGGGGAGUGAACAAUCGACUUCUGGUCAAUUGAACUGCCCGCAGAUCAAGAAAGAGUUCCCCAAGGAGAAUGAACAGGGCAUGAAAACCUGGGGUAGAUACAAGCCGUUGACCGUCAACCAAACACCCAAUAUCAAACAGGAACCAGAAAUUAAGGUGGAACCCCAAGAGUUCAACAAUGCAGAGCAAGUUCAAGGGCGUUUCAUGAUUGAUAUCACAGAAGAGGUCGACGAUUCCAUAGCUCAAAAACGGCCUAUGCCGCGUGCCAAUUUCUUGAUGGCUCUCCACCAGCACCACAAGGCUGUGAGAAAGUCAAUUGAAAAAUUUGAAUGCCCAGUUAAAAGCUUGUUCGUGCAAGACGAUGAUUCCUCACGUUCUAUCAGCUCCAAUACCAGCGACCCAUCCCUCGAAUUAGGGGAAAAUGACAUUUCUGGAUUCAAUGAAUACAAGAAACAAUUUCAAAGCCUGCGAUCUCCUUCGAUCGAACAGCAGAUUGAGGAUGAAAAGCGGAAAGAAGAAGAGCUCGAACGAAGAAGAAAGAUUAAAACUGACAGGCUUUGUAAACUGAGUGUCCAACUGACAUCGGAACCGGAGCCCGAGAGUGAGAACAAGUCCUCUCCUGGCUCGGAAGCACAGUCUGAACCCAAAGAUCCUCCGUGCAAAGCGCAAAACGAGACAGAUUUGAAGAAACCUGCUAAAGGAAAGCUCGCAAUUACACGAGUCGCAAAAGCAAGGGUUCAAAAGGCCAAAGAAAUUGGCCUUGCUCAGUUGCUUUCGAAGAAAGGGGCUCGAAAGCAACCUACGCCUGAAACCGAGGAAGCACAAGCACCUGGCGCAAAGGGACAGCAGAAGACAUAUCGAUAUCCGCCCACAGUACUGACAAAGAAAGAAAUCCGAAGUAUUUUCCACAACGAUGGUGGGUUCAGAAAAGGGAAGGAUUCGUUACCCCCCGGGUUGGUCUCCACAGAAAAAAUCAAGCAAAAGGCCUUCAGAGAGAUGCUUGCCAGUAUCCCAGCCGCAGAGAAAUCUGGAGCACGUGAAGAUUUAUCUAUUCUGGAUGAAGCCACACGGACUUUCAAUCCAUCAGCAAGGUCAGACGGCCAAGGAAAAUGGAAGAUCAUAGUGCUCUAA